AUGCGUUCGUUCUUCUUCGCGAUCCGCGGUCGGCUGCGAGCGAGCCGCAGUUUCUCGUCGCAGGCGCUUGAUCCGCCUCCCGCUCCUCGCCACCGGCGAGUUGUUGUCACCGGUGACAGACUGCGGUGCCGGUUUUUCUUUGAAUUAUUGUGCAUUAUGGAUUUUUAUUUGGCCUGAUAGGAGUGUACUCUCCGAGGGAACUCCUGGACAGGUCUCGGGGCGGUCACCCCUCUCGGGUGCGGGGUCGGGACGGCGUGGAGCCGCCUGGUGGAUGGGCAGUGCGGCAUCAGGGCGCUAUCGCCCGAGGAUCUGAGGAUGAACGGCGCCGACGAGAAGACGUUAGUGCACACGUAUGAGCAGCUGCCGUCCAAGGUGGCGGCCGUCGUGCCCUGCGGCAAUGAGGAGGGAGAGUUCAACGAGGACAUCAGUCUUCUCUCUCAGGUAUGAAGAAGUGGCUCACAUGCUGGAGAAGCGAUAAUUAAUUUGACAGAAGAAUCUAUUAUCUGCCUACAUUUGCUGCCAUAUACUUUGCUCAGAGAGAGGAAUUGAGUCGUGAUUUCUUCCUAGCGUUUGGGAUAUAGAGUUAAGAUCUCCCAUUGUCACGCCACAGAAAAUAGCGGGCAAUCAGCUGACUGAUGGAGUGAGAACUACCUUUUGUGUACUUCCCGCAUAUAUUUUGUGUAUCUAUUAUCUUCUCAAACUAAUGGUUAAACCAAAUGUGUUGAUAUAGAAAAAGAAAAACCGGUGCUCAUAGAAGAACAAGGUUUUAAUAUUUAGCUCUUAUAAUCUCGAAUAGUUCUGUGGUAAUUCUCUAAUUCACCUAUCACUUUUAAUAGUCUCAUCAUUCUGUAAUCCGAAAUUACCCACCACUUUUUGAGCCUAACUAUGUGGGGCAAAGGGACGUCUGUCUCAUUGAUUCUCUCAGUUAAUGUUUUAUGGCACUUACAAAAAUUAUUUAAUUUGGGAAAAGUAAAAUGGAAAAAAUAUAUUUUUGAGCUGGUGUCAUUUUUAAGGAUCUUAUCAUGUGUUUAUUGCGUCAAUCAUGGAUGCCAGGCCAAAAAUACACAGCGUACAUGAGUUAGAGUUAGCCCACACAUUCAUUUGUAUGGCCUCUAAAAACUUCAAAACUGGAUUUGUAACUACUAGUCUGGUGAUACGUAUUUUAGAAAUUAUAUGAAGAAGCCUGUGGGUUCACUUGACUUGCCCGUGCUUGUCACAUUCAGUCCUCUUUGUAUUGACAAGGUGUUACCCAAUACUGAACCCCGUGGGUAAGAAAUGCGGUGUGGACUCUCUGAAUAUCUACUUUGAUAAGUAUCCUGAUUAGCCAAAUGUGCAGUGCCAGAAGGCUUUAAUAUUGACUUGAUACUUGUUUGAUAAUAACUUCAUCUGAUAAACAGAAUGAAAAUCAGUAUCCUAAAAUUGACAGUGUCUCUGUUUUCUCGUUGAUUGAUGAGGAGAAGAUCUCAUGGUAAAACUUCUCAUUAAAUCUAGGAGGGAAACAAUACUGGGCGUAACUUAUUGUUAUCAGACUAUCCAGCAGGGCUUCCCUUGUUAUUGAAAAAUUCAUUCCUACGGUAGUUGUGCAUAGCCUCCCCGCCCACCAAACUUUGCUGACAAAAAAAUCCAGUUACAUAAAAUAGGGGAAAACUAUACAAUCAAAUUACCCUGUUGGAAAUUCUAUUUCAUGGAGGGCCGCAGAAUCUCAUCACAAUAAGCUUGUGAUGAUUAUAUAUGCACUGGAGGGUGAAUGGUGUUUAUGCUUUCUUUAUUCCAUUACAAUGGUUGUAUUAAGAUGCUAUUAUAAUCGCUAUUUUCUUGCUAGGAUCAUAGAUCUAUUGCUAGGUUUAUAGCAUAUGCACUAUGUGCUACGGAAGAAGCUCUUAAAGAUGCAAACUGGAAACCAACAGAUGUGGAAAAGCAAGAAAGCACGGUAUUUAAUUUCUUUCCUUCUCCUUCUCUGCACUAUGAGUUCACAGUCGUUUUUUUCAUAACCAUUUUAAUAAUAUCUUUCAGGGUGUUUCUAUUGGCGCUGGUAUCGGAAGCAUCAGUGACAUUGCAGAUGCUGGACAUAUGGUUUAUGAGAAGGUUGAAACUUUAACUUUAGAUACGUAGACAUUGUUGGUAGAUUUUGUUCCCAUGUUCUUCUUAAUGGUAUAUUUUUUAAUUAGAUUCUCUUGUUCUUAUCCUAUUGUUUACAGAGGUUACGUCAACUUAGCCCAUUCUUUGUCCCACGAAUAUUGAUUAACAUGGCUUCCGGACAUGUGAGCAUGAAAUAUGGUUUCAAGGUUUGUGGACCAUUUUCGAGUAUUUUCUUAGUUUCUUUGAAUUAUUCUUUUUCAUUAGUACAUCAAUUUGUGACAUUUGCUGAUGUAAAGAAGAGACAUGUGGGAAUGGGCUGGUUGAGAAUUGUGUUCAUCAGGGUUUAUGCUCAUCCCAGGAGGAAGAUCUGCUUCCUUACAUGGUUUACAGUUGCUAUCCGUACAUUUUCACCAUGACAGUUAGGUGAUAAGAUGAUCGAAAGAUUUCCUGCCGGUUUAUCAGUCCUUGGGUUUUUUGCCGAAGGUUCAUUUGGGGAAGAUAUAUCCAAUUAGCUGUUCAAGCUUCUGUAUCUAGGACAAUUAUCUCUGGACCAACGGCUGGAGCUGCAUGCUUGGAAAGGUUGAUGAAAAGAUAUGGGGAGAGUAGAGGAUUCUGUGCAUUUCUUUAAAAUAUGCAUUGUCAGCAACCUCAACCAAAAGCAUAAAAGGCAUUGGGAAGGUGGGGCUUGAAGAGUCAACUUUUUUACGAUUUCCCAGACUGGGUGGGGAAAAUCGUGUGUAAGGGCCUCCUUUCCGUAAAAUGUUUUGCAUCUAUGAGUCUGCAAUGCAUCGGAGGAAAGGAUUGGAAAGUAAUGUGGACUUAAUACUCAGAAAACAUAUGUGGGUCUGUGAAUUCAGAUUAGUUCUUUAGUAGGUGAUAUCAUUGGGAGGCUAAAAAAUGCUUUUCUUCUUCCUCCUUUGAACAUUGUAUUCUCAGUAGACUUGCUGGUUAGUGUGCUGAAUCCGACACUAAAUUAAAAGGAGACUAAUCGUGGCAAAAAAACUGAUGAAUUUUCUCUAUAAAUUUUGGAUCUUGUCAACUUCGUGGGUGUCAACUGGACCGUUUAUUCGUAGAAUUGUGCUUCUCCAAGCUGGUUUGCAGCUCCUUUCUACAAGAACUGUAGAAUUUACCUUUUAAUUUGCGGGAAUGCUGUCUUUUAAAGUUAUCCGGUGGUCUAACGUAUUAUAGAUUGCCUACGAAUUCCUUAUAAUCACACAUUUAUUGGGUGGUUUAAUCAGUUGCUAAAAUUGUUUGUCUGUUAGCGGGUUAUAGGAUCAUUGUACAAACUCGCUUGCCAACUGGCUUUUGAGUUGUUUUUGUAUGAUAGAAAAUUCGGUCGAGAUGUAGGUUAACUAUUCUUCUUUUGGUUACACCGGAUUCAAUAGAAGCUUUUCAUGCCUAGCCUCUUGUAUGUGCUACCUGUAAUGUGUAAGCUUCUAUAUUUAAGAGGAAUCAAAUAUGCAUGGAACUGAAAACCGUCUGCUUGUGUCAGGGACCAAUCCAUGCUGCAGUUACUGCUUGUGCCACUGGUGCACAUUCUAUAGGGGAUGCAGCACGAAUGAUUCAAUUUGGUGAUGCAGAUGUCAUGUUAGCUGGGGGAACAGAAUCUAGCAUUGAUGCUCUCUCAAUAGCUGGAUUUUCUCGGUGUGUAUCGCCAGAUUCUGUUCAUUUCUUUUAGUUUCAUGUGUAUGCCCAUGAAUCUGUGCACAUACCUUCCUAUUCCACUGUUAAAUAUCAAUCAUUUGAUCGUAACCCUUUUCACGUUUCAUGCUAUUGAAGCUGUUUGGAGAACAGUUAGUUCAUGGGCCUAGUAUUACUUUAGUCCAUUGUUGACGAGGUCUGACCUAGUAGAGAAAAAAAAUGAAAAAAGCAACAUGUAGUAAUGUCACAAUAUUCUGUCUUUGUUUAAACAGUAAGGCGGCCUCUUGAUUUGAGCUCUAUUUUAUCACGCCUGUAUGUUGGCUUCUUGUGAUGCUUUGACACUUUGACAUUCCUAGUUUUUGGUCUUUUCAGUCUGUAUGGCCUUUCUUCCAUACUAACUUGUCUUCCAUAAUUUGUUUGCUGCUGUGUGCUAUGUACUACGUUGAUAUCUGCCUCUUUUACUCACGGUCUUCAGACAUAAUAUCUUCUUUUUUGCCGAACAUCGCUCGACUUGCAGGUGUCGAGCAUUGAGUACAAAAUAUAACUUUCUCCCGCAAUUAUCUUCUCGACCAUUUGACAGUGGCAGAGAUGGAUUUGUGUAUGUAUAUUUUCUUUUAUUCCCUUUGUCUCUUUUGAUUUUGCUUUUUGAUCCUUUUUCCUGCACGUUUCUUCCUCGGAGUUAAUACAAGGUUUAUCUACAGGAUUGGAGAAGGUGCAGGUAUCAUGGUGUUGGAGGUUAGUAACAGUAAUAUCGUUACUGGUCAUCAGAUAGAUCUUUAGAGGCGUUAUUACAUGUUUUCUCUAGUCUUAUGCUACUUUGCUUUUCUCUGUUCUGUGACUACUUUCUGUCAUUCUCAGAAACUUCUCAUAAGCCAGCAGACUCUGUGUAAUGCAUGUAAAGAUGCCCAUAGGGUCUGUCUAGCUUCUUGUCAUAUAAGAGCACGAGGCUUGUUCAUACAUUGUUUUGGGUUUUUUAAUCCCAUGUACCAGUCGUAUAUUGAACUGUAUACUUAUGAGGAAAGAACACAGUAUCAUGUAAAUCCCUAUUGAAUGGCAAUGCUGAAAUCUACCAUUAAUGGGUACACAAGGUUACUUUAUCUCACUUAUUUGACCUCUACCGAGUUUUGAAUUCAUGAGAUCAUUAAAUGAGGGUGCCCUGGAAUAAUGAAUUUCCAAUUGUUAGGAAAGAAUAUGCCAGGUUUGUCCGAGUCAGUCAGAGGAUUUAAUCUCGGUAGAAAAUCUUGCGAGAACAUUAUGCACGUAACUGUAUUUCUGACAAUACUUGAUAUUCAAUAUCAUCAAUGCAUCCUAACAAUAUGAUCGAUAAAACCUCUCAUAUAUUAUAUUUCGCAAAAAAGCUAUUUUUUAUAUCUCCCUAGUUGUAAAUAUAAUUCUGCUGAUACCCUCCCAAGUUUCUCUUAAUGCUGACUUGCAUCUAAGCAGCCAUUGACAUAGUUUUCUUCCUGAUGUAGUCACUAGAUCACGCCGAGGAGAGAGGAGCAAAAAUUUAUGCCGAGGUUCGAGGCUACGGAGCAUCAGGUCUUCGUUUAUUCCUUUGAUACUAUCUGAAUCUAUGCUCUCUCGCAUGAUUAUGUGAAGGAUUGUGCCUUUUUUUUCUAGGUGAUGCCUAUCACAUAACCAAGCCACACGCUGAUGGAAGAGGUGCUAUUUUGUCCAUGAGCAGAGCACUGAGACAGGUAUCUUUAGGGCUCACAAUUAGGAAGUAACUCUAUGCAUUGCAUCUCAUUGUAACGUGAAACUUGUGUGGGGGUUUAGUUGAUCAGAUUGCUUUAUAGUUCAGGCCUCUUAAUCCUGCCUUCCUUCCAUGGAGUGUAGGCUGAUGCACAAGUUGAUCUGUUCCUGGUUGCUUCUUGCUUUUAUUUUGAAUCUUGUCUUCUGUAGCACAGUAAGUUAACUGGUUUGUGUCCCUUUCUGUCUUUUCACAUUUAGUCAGGGCUUCGACCCAAUCAAGUGGAUUACAUAAAUGCUCAUGCUACAUCAACACCUGCUGGUAAUCUUCGGUUUAUUCAUAUAUUACUUAAUAUCUCUUAACAAUAGAUUACCUAAUAGUCUUAAAGAGUUCCGACCCAGAUGGCUACUUGAAUCAUCUAAUUUCUUUGGGCCGUAUUUAGGUGAUGCAGUGGAAGCGACUGCCAUUAGAUCGGUAUUCUCUGAUCAUGCUGAUUCAGGGGCAUUAACCAUAUCCUCCACCAAGGUAGGGACGUUGGUGAUGUUCUCAAAUGCUGAUCUGCUUUUAUGCCUAAUAAUUAUAAUAAUAAUAAUUUCAAUGCAGGGAGCUACAGGGCAUCUCCUUGGAGCAGCCGGUGCUGUGGAAGCCAUCUUCACUGUUUUAGCCAUCCACCAUGUAUGUAUACUAAAUAUUAUCUCUAAUUCAUUCACUGGUACCAAGAUUAGAUUUGGUAUAAAUUGGAGUAUAAAAAAUACAGAUUUUCUUAUUGCUUUCAGCUAGGUUUUUAUGAAAUUAUGAUAUGGCAUCAUCUUCUGCCGGGUUUCAGCUUAUUUUACGGAUUUCAAAAUUUACACAAAAAUAAAAGAAACAGGGUUUUACGCAGGGAAUGUGAUAAACCGGGCCACUAAUUAUCUACAACUUGUUGAAAUUUGACUCAUCUCCCCUAUAAAAAGCAAAAAAUGCAAACAAGAACCCCUUAUUGUUCUUUAAUUGCUUUCAUGGGGGACAUUUUUAGCUGCUUUCUGGGUUCCGAUUUAGCUUACAGAUCUUAAAUCCUUUACAAGAGUAGAAGAAACGAGUUUAUACGUUAAGGAUACUGAAUGCAAUUUAUUGAAUGCUGAAUUAUUUGCCUAUUAAAAAAAAGAAGAAAAAACAUGGAAUUAACCCUUCUUUGUAAAUUUCUUUCAGGGAAUCGCUCCUCCAACGCUGAAUCUAGACAAACCAGACCCGAUUUUCAGUGGCGGCUUCAUGCCCCUGGGAGCCGCGAAGGACAUCCCCAUAAGAGCCGCCUUAUCAAACUCCUUCGGCUUCGGGGGAACUAAUGCGUCUCUGCUCUUCAGCAGCCCACCCUGA